AUGUUUGAGAAUGGAAAUAUGGUAAACCGAUUUUUAAAUUAUUGGCGUUCAUCAGGUCAUCAACGUAUUGGUUUUCUUUAUGGUCGUUAUGAAGUAUAUGACGGUGUACCAUUGGGUGUUCGUGCAGUUGUUUCAGCUAUUUAUGAACCUCCACAAGAAACAUCAAGAGAUAGUGUUAAAUUAAAUCUACCUGAUCCACAUGAAGCAUUGAUUGAUGAUCUAGCACGUCGUCUUAAUAUUCGUCGUAUUGGAUGGAUUUUUACUGAUCUUAUACCUGAUGAAAGUAAAUCCGGUGGUGGUCCUGUUCUUCAUCAUCGUGGCAAUGUGAAUUCAUACUUUUUAAGUGCACAAGAAUGCAUAAUGGCGGGUUGGCUUCAAAAUAAUAAUCCAAAUAUAUGCAAAUAUUCUCCGGAUGGUUAUUUUGGUUCAAAAUUUGUAACUGUUGUUGUUACAGGAGAUGUAUCAGGUCAAAUUCAUUUUGAAGGUUAUCAAGUUUCAAAUCAAUGUAUGGCUUUAGUUAAGUCAAAAAUUUUACUUCCAACUUAUGAUGCACCUGAAUUAGGUUAUGUUAGAGAAACGAGUUCCGAACAAUAUGUUCCUGAUGUUUAUUAUAAAGAAAAAGAUUCGUAUAAUAAUGAAAUAAUGAAAAUAGCACGUCCAUUACCACUUGAAUAUCUUAUUAUUGAUGUUCCAACAGGUUUUCCAUCGAGUGAUGCACAAAUACAAUCAACAUUUAAUGAUGAUUGCAAAGCAAUAAAAACACCAUUUUGUGUUGAAAAUCGAAUGCAAGUCGGAGAAUUACAAGAUAUGAAUGCAUUAGCAUCAUAUUUACAACAGUUUUCAAAAACUGGUGGUGCUGGUGUAACAACAUCAAGUGCAAGUCAAUAUAAAGCAACAGAUAUAUUAGGUGAUAUUCAUCUAUUGAGAUAUUUGGCUGUUAAUGAUAUUAUUUCAUUUUCAAUGACUCUCGCCAAUAUUGGCGAAAUUGCAGGAAAAUGA